AUGGCUGUCACCUCCUCGACCUCGAUGCCGCACGGCGCGCACCACCGGCGGGUGUGGUCGCUCAUCUGCUGCCGCAACCCCGCCACGCACUCGUUUUACGGCGACGACGCCGACACGGAGAGCAGCACGCGCGGCGAUGCGCGGCCGGCAGCAGCGGAAGCGGAGAAGCCGGCGGAACCGGCGCAGCAAGUGCGGGGAGACGUCGAUGGAACUUCGUUACUAUCACCGAAGGAAAUGGUGGAAGGUGCAGUUAGCGGGGGUGCGUCACGCGCUAAGUCGGCAGUAAGAGUUGGGACGUCAUGCGACACGCCGAUCGAUCAUGUAGCAGGAGCCGCGUCAUCAUCCGACCUGUCCAGUAGCGUAUCCACGUCAGCACCGCAUUCCGCGUUUAGCGCCGCGGGUUCCCCCUUUCGAGCAUCGUUAGGUUACAGAGAAUCUGCCGCAACAGUUGAUGCCACGUCUCCGCCGGAGAUUAUGGACAUGUGGAAGAACCUCGAAGCGCCGACAUCUCCUAAGAGCAGCUCCUCCGCGUCUCGUAAGAUGCGCGCCGCACAUUCCGCCGAGGCCUCGUUUCUUCCCUCGCACCGCGCGGCUGUGCGCGUGGAAGUUCCGCAUUCCCCGGCGAAUCUCUCGGACUCCGCCGUUUCGCCGACGAACUCCGACGCAAGCGUGCCAAGGACUCCGGGCGGCACUUAUUUGUCGUUUUCAAGCGCCCCCUCGCCCCGCACUUUGCAAUGCGCGUACUCGCUACAAACCGGCGCGCUUAUCAUCACGCCCAGCCCCUCCAAUUGGGCGGCUAUUGGCGGAAACGGCGGGGCGCGGGAGAGCGAGAGACCGCACACUUCGCCGGUGGGAACGCGGAAAACGGGGGUAAUUGUGGGGUGGGAGCAGGAGGCGCUGCGAUGGGAAGAGGCGGAGCAGCAGCGGUUGCGCAUGGAGGGGGAGGUGCGCGGAAUGGUUGCGCACCUCAUGGGGGAGCUGCGCGCGGUAAGGGGCGCGGCGCAACAGCUGGCGGAACCGGUUUGCGCGGAUGUGGCGGAAAGCUGCGGGGAGAAAGAAAUCGCGGGCGGCGGAGAGGGAAGAGCGGAAUGUGCGGGAGGCGCUGAAGAGUUGGCGGCGGUAUCGGCGGCAGCGCGUGCGGUUCGGCUGCUGGUGAAGAGCAGCGACGCGAAUCGCAGCAUCGUGGCGGCUGUGCCGGGCGCCAUCGGCGCGCUCGUGGAGGUGGCGGACGCGCUGCUGCUGGCGGAGAGCGCGCGGAUCCGGGGAGGUGAGGGGCGGAGAGCGCGGAGAGCAAGCGCGGCGGGCGAGGCGGAGAGUAGAAGCGAGCGCGAGGGAAGGAGCGAAGGGGAAAGGGCAGUGGAGGGGGCAGCGCGGGCUCUAGGUGGGGCGGAACGCGGAGAGGAGAGGUCGGGGACAGGAGGCGGGGAAAGCGCAGCAGCCUGCGGGGCGAUGGUGGCGGGUAAAGGGGAAGCGGAGGACGCUGAAACGGCGGAAUCGGCGGAGGCAGCAGAAGGGGAACGGCGAGAGGCGGUGGGCGCGAGCGUGCAGCAGGCGUGGACGCGGGAGGCGGUGGGUGCGGAGAGCGCGCGGAGGGAGAGCGCGCGGGAGGCGGUGGGGCACGCGGUGACAGCGCUGCUGAACCUGUCGCUGUCGCCCGCCACUCACGGCGCCCUGCUGGCGGAGGGCGCCGUGGACGCCCUCUCCCGCCUCGUGGCCCGCCCCUGCUGCCCUCAUGGUCAUGGCGGCACUGGUGAUGGCGGCACUGGUGGUGGCGGUAGUGGCGGUGGCAGCAGUGGUGCCAGCAGCACUGGUGGUGGUGAUGGAGAGGGGAGAAUGGGGGAUGGAGGGGCCUGCAUGGGAGAGGAGGGGGCGUGCAGGGGGGAUGAUGAGGGGACAGCGGGCUCAGGUGGAUUGCCAUCGGUGGUGUCACAGGAGGCACGGGAGAAUGCAGCAGCUGCUCUCUUCAUGCUCACCUCGUCGCCACUCCCACCCUCCCUCUCCUCUGCACACUCCACCUCUCUCUCCUCCUCCACCUCCUCUCUCACCGGCCCUUCCCUCUCCACCGCCCACCUUGCCCUCCUCUCCUCUUCCUUCCCCCAGCAAGAGCCAGCCCUCACUGGCAACCACCCCUCAAACCCCAACCCGACUGCUCCCGAUCCGCUCAGCACCGCUUUGAACCUCUUUGGAUGCGAUCCGGACGCAAUGCGGCGGCGGGUGGCAGCCACGGCAGGUGCAUUCGCCGGCCUGGUGCACAUGCUGCCGCCCUCGCCCGCCCGCUCCCUGCGCGGCCGCAAGGACGCCGCCCUCACGCUCUUCAACCUCUCCCUCUGCGCCGACCUCGUCCCCGCAAUCAUCGCGGCCGGCGCCGUUUGUCCUCUAGUGCGGAUGCUAGAGGAGGAGGAGGGGGGGAUGCGGCUGGGCCUGGAGGAGAAAGCAGUGGCAGUGCUGGCGAGGCUGGCGCAGGCCAAGGAGGGCAGCAGGCAGAUUCUUGCCGCCGGUGGUAUACCACCACUGGUGGAGCUGCUGGGGGCGAGCAGCACGGCUCUGGGGGCAUCUCCAUCCAUGGCUUCUCUGGCAGAGCUGAGUGCCGUGUCAGAGGAAGGGCCGGGUGGGGGAGGGGGAGGGACGGGAAAUGUGGGGAGUGGGGCAGGGGAGCAGCAGCGGUGGAGGAGGGUGCAGAAGGAUGUGGGGGCGGUGCUGGUGAGAGUGGUGGAGGAGGAGGGUGCACGGCAGGAGAUGCUGGAGGAGGGUGCGCUGCUGGUGCUGCGCAAGAUGAGGCACCGCGGGUCGUCGAGAGCUCGACUCACGGUGUCCGAUGCCGUUCUCGAUGCGUGCCUGGAGCAAGACCCCGACAGCAAGGUGGCGUGCGAGUCGUGCACCAAGACCAACAUGGUGAUGAUCUUCGGCGAGAUCACGACCAAGGCCAAGCUCGACUACGAGAAGAUCGUGCGCGACACCGUCAGGAACAUCGGCUUCGUCUCCGACGACGUCGGCCUCGACUGCGACAAGUGCAAUGUUCUGAUCAACAUCGAGCAGCAGAGCCCCGACAUUGGGCAGGGUGUGCACGGCAUGGGCACCAAGAAGCCCGAGGAGGUCGGCGCUGGUGACCAGGGCCACAUGUUCGGCUAUGCCACCGACGAGACCCCCGAGCUCAUGCCGCUCACGCACGUGCUCGCCACGCAGCUGGGCGCGAAGCUCACGGAGGUGCGCAAGAACGGCGUGUGCCCGUGGCUGCGGCCCGACGGCAAGACGCAGGUGACCGUUGAGUACAAGAACGAGGGCGGCGCGAUGGUGCCGAUCCGCGUGCACACGGUGCUCAUCUCCACGCAGCACGACGAGACGGUGACCAACGAGAAGAUCGCGGCGGAUCUCAAGGAGCACGUGAUCAAGCCCGUCAUCCCCGCUAAGUACCUCGACGACAACACCAUCUUCCACCUUAACCCCUCCGGCCGCUUCGUCAUCGGCGGUCCCCACGGUGAUGCCGGUCUUACCGGGCGGAAGAUCAUCAUCGACACGUACGGCGGGUGGGGCGCGCACGGAGGUGGCGCCUUCUCCGGGAAGGACCCCACCAAGGUGGAUCGCUCCGGCGCGUAUGUUGCCCGCCAGGCCGCCAAGAGCAUCGUCGCUUCCGGCCUCGCCAGGCGCGCCCUCACUCAGGUCUCGUACGCCAUCGGUGUGCCCGAGCCGCUGUCGAUCUUCGUGGACACGUACGGCACUGGCAAGAUCCCCGAUAAGGAGAUCCUCGAGCUAGUGAAGGAGGCGUUCGACUUCCGGCCGGGCAUGAUCUCGAUCAACCUGGACCUGAAGAAGGGCGGCAACAAGCGUUACCAGAAGACGGCCGCGUACGGCCACUUCGGCCGCGACGACCCCGACUUCACGUGGGAGGUGGUCAAGGAGCUCAAGCCCAAGACCGCCGCUUAG